AUGAACUGCGCAUGUGCAGCCUUAAACCGGAAGCCGUAUUUGCGGCAGCCGGAAACUGUGACGUCCUUUCUGCUCCCGGACUGCCAUCAUGGUGUUCACCCGUUUCGUUGAGAUCGGCCGAGUUGCCUACAUCUCCUUCGGACCCAAUGCUGGCAAGCUGGUGGCCAUUGUAGAUGUUAUUGACCAAAACAGGGCCCUUGUCGAUGGUCCUUGCACAGGCGUGAAGAGGCAAGCGAUGCCCUUCAAGUGCAUGCAGCUUACUGACUACGUCAUCAAAGUACCCCACAGCGCUCGCCAGAAGUUUGUGAGGAAAGCCUGGGAAAAGGCUCAGGUCAACCAGAAGUGGGCAGAGAGCAGCUGGGCCAAGAAGAUCGAGGCCAAACAGAAGAGGGCCAAGAUGUCUGACUUUGACCGCUUCAAGGUGAUGAAGGCCAAGAGAAUGAGGAACAAGAUCAUCAAGCACGAGGUGAAGAAGCUCCAGAAGGAGGCGGCCAAGAAGUGAACGCUUCUCACCCAAUAAACGUGCUCUUCUUUUGGUCAUCCGAGCUUUUGCCUCUUUAUUGUUGGACACGUCUCUCCUGGUGUGUUUCGUUUUGUUAUGAAGCAAAGCAAAUAAAAUGAGGAAAUCGCCAACAUUGGUAUGGAUUUAAUCCAGAAAUAGCAUCAGUAUAAACCCCUCUGUGUUCCGCCAUUAUGACCAAUGACAAAAGCCUAUAGAUUCAUCUAAAACAUCUGAAAAUAUUAAUUAAAAGAUUAAUUUGUUUUUCCUUCUAAAUUUUUAGCACCUGUUACCAUGUGUCAGGUUAGCUUCAUCUGGCAGUAAGGUUAUUUUUUGGCACAGCUUUAAAUAUCUUAAUUACAAAAAUAAAACAGCUUAAUUCACCACACAAUGUCUGAAUCACCAAGAUAUAAAUGACUUCUAUGUGACUUUUAAGCUAAUUCCUCCAAUCUCAUAUAAAUUGACUUUGUAGGA